AAUUUGUCCAUCAAUAUUAUGGGUCGAGUUUCUGGUCGCACUUGGAAACCCCAGCAAACAGCGACGCGUAGGACACAUCUUCAGCCAGGGUUGAAACAAUCAUGGGAGGAUCGCAUUGCACAAAGCACCAAGUUGGCUGCUGUCAAAAAACUAGAGAAUGAACUCAAGGAGGAAAAACAGGCUGAGCGCACACAGCGGGUAGAAAAAAUCAAGGCUCGUAGGAAAGCAGCAGAGGAGAGGCGGCGUUUAGAGGAAGACAAGGCGAAAAUGGGUGCACGGAAAGCCGCCAGACUACGACGGAAAGCAGGUCGAUCCAAAAAAGUCAAUGGUUAA